AUGGCUUCAGUCCAGCUAUUCAGUUCGCCAUGCUCAAACGUAGUAUCAUCAUCCCAUUGCUCUCAGAACGAGGCUUCUAGCUCUUCAACAACAGUGACAGGUAACACGACUUCGACAAGUCCUCUACAGGCCAGUUUCGAAACAUCUAAUGGAGACACACCACCCACUCCCUCCAAGACCCCUUCAACAUUUUCCUCCACAAUGAAAUCGGACGAAUCACUAAUCCAGCAACAACCACAGAUGCCCCCAUCUUCAUCGAACCCGGAACUCUCAACGUCGAACCACAGUAUUCAUAGUAACAACAGUAGCAGUGGACAUUCACCCCUGAAACUGGAUAUUCCCCACCCUCAUCAUUCCUCCUCUUCCUACAUAAAUGACAUUCGACAUACUGGUGGCUUUCAGCAAAAACUGACAAUAUCGGACGAACAGUUUGGAAGUGAUCUGAAAAAGGAUACUGAAGCGUUACACAAUCAUCCCCUGUUCCCUCUUUUGGCGUUAAUUUUUGAGAAAUGUCAAUUGGCGACGUGCACUCCUAGGGACAGCAGCUUUCGGAAUGGAGGAAUGGAUAUCUCCUCGUCUGAUUCCUUCCAGGAGGACAUCGCUGUCUUCACAAAAGAGCCAUCUGUCAUUGUGCUAAGCAGUCCCAUAAUUCUAGUUUGUCUUCUUCCUCUUCAGAUGAGUAAUUCCAACAGACCCCUAUUGACAUCAAAUCAGGAGCUGAACUUCCUCAUGAUCCAAGCGAUUCACGUUCUGCGAUUUCACUUGCUGGAAAUUGAAAAGGUUCACGAACUCUGCGACAACUUCUGCACCCGUUACAUUGCCUGUCUCAAAAGCAAGAUCCCCAUCGAUCUGGUAAUUGAAGACCGUGAAUCAGGAGGUUCGACGGGGUCGGCAGCAGGUAGUCCGCAACCACCCCUAUCUUCUGCCUCAUUUGCCUCCGAUUUGACACCCUUUGACAGCUCCUCUGCUUCAGUGGGCAUUGGCGGUGGAAAUCCAGGAAUGGGGAUUGGACCCUCAUCGUCUUCCUCUUGUUCUGGAAAGGUAUCAACUUCACUUCAACAAAGUACUGAUGUUGAUCCGGGGAAUGUUCUUCAAACAAAGGGAUCACUAGUAGUUUAA